AUUCGUGUUUGGAAGCGCGCGAAGUGCACACGAGAGUCGCAGCGCACGCUGGCGCCGUGUGUUGCGUGACGAUUUGCAGUGUGUUUGUAUUUUGUGUGCUUGCUGCGAGUGUCGACUGCAGUAAAAAAGCAGUGAAAUUUGCUGAAAUUAAGUGAACAAAGUGUGUGUCCGGAAAAUCCCCCUGAGGAGAAAGCAUUUGAAAAUAAACAAAGAACCAAAACCUGGGAAAAAUUGGUAACGUUCUUCGCGAGUGGAGUGAAAUCAUUGCGCAGGGGGCCCCCCGGUCUGAUCCCGCGUUGCCGUUUGCCGCGUGUAUCGUAUGACAUGGGAGGAAUUUGGUGGCAUGUGAGCGGGAUCAUAUUUCGUCGGGUGGUACGGUACGCGCACAAAGAGGAACCACUGCGCCACUAUCACCUUCCCUGCUGGUAGGCAGGCAGAAGCGUCUGACACUGGUCAGACAAGAAUUUAACAUAAAAUCGCGUGAUAGAAAAAAAACGACUGCUUCCACGUGGUGUGCAUUUUGCGCGCAACUGUGUGUGUUUGUGUGUGCUUGUGUAACUGUGUCGUGUGUGUGCGUGUAAUGCAACCCUAAGCAACGAGUGGGUUACCAUGGCGACGGCAUCAUCUUCGGCGAGCACGUCACCGCCGCGGAUAAAGGUGAAGAAGGAAAUCUGUACCGAUAACGACACGAUCAAGGAGCUGGCGGAAACGGCGAUGAACGACAUCCUCGGCUGGUACGGGUACGACAGUGUCGAUCGUCUCGAGCUGGCCGCUAACAAUGUGCUACCGUCCACCUCUAACAUCACCAACGCCACCGCCGCACUGGACGAAGUAGAUGGGGAGGACGAAGAAGACGAGGAGGAAGGUCCAGGUGUUCGACAGAAACAAUCCAGCCCACCCGCUCGACUGUCAUCCAGCGCAUCGUCCACUGCUGCUGCACUGCUGAAGACAAAAUCGAAACAAUCGGCUCUCAUCGGUAGUGGUCAUUAUCUGGCACGGGACGAACCCUCCACGUCGUCAGCAGUAGCAGGUGGCAGUGAGCGACGGGUGCAACGCGAUGCAACGUCCAGCGGGGGCCGGCCAGGACAGUCCGGUUCGCCACCCGACCCAACACGGAACGGUAUCGUCUUACAUCAUCAAGCGCAUCAGCAGCAGCAGCAGCAGCAGCUACAUCAUCAUCAUCAUCACCAUCAUAAUGCUUCGGCUGGCGGGGAAAGCUCCACCUCGGAGAAGGAUAGCUCGCGGGAAAGCUCCAAGAGCCCGAUGCUGAUGAAAAUGCUGACCGACAAGCAAGAGCAGACCUGCCAGUGGUGCCGUAAGGUGAUACCGUCCCAUCAGACCGGCAUACUCGGCACGACCGAGGGCAUGAUCUUCUGUACCGAGGCGUGCUUUUCCCAGUCGCGCCGGGCGUCCUUCAAGCGGGCGAAAACGUGCGACUGGUGCCGGCACGUGCGCCACGCGGUCAGCUACGUCGACUUCCAGGACGGUGCCUCCCAGCUGCAGUUCUGCUCGGACAAGUGUCUCAACCAGUACAAGAUGCAAAUCUUCUGCAACGAAACGCAGGCCCAUCUGGAGAUGAAUCCACACCUGAAGGAGAAGAGCACGUCGGCGGGUAAGGUUACCGGGACUCCGGCUCAGCAGGAUCGUUUCAAUGUUCUGUUAUUAAUUUUAUUUUUGUGUGUGACAAUUUUAGGAACUCUCAUCACGCCCGAACUGUGGAUGAAGAAUUGCAAAAGCUGCUCAAUAUCGCCGGUGUCCGAUCGGUCCGAGUCGGUAUCGCCCGUACCCUCGCUGCCGGUACGCUCGUCACCGGAACCUUCGCCAGUGCUGCUGCGAUCUCCAACGCCCGCCAAAAAGCCGCUCAUAUCGGUGGCACCCGCAUCGAAGCUGCUGUCCAAAUCGCUCCAGCCCAGCACGCUCCCGACCCGUCCCAAUCCAAAGAGCUCCCGCAAGCGCCGUACCGGCCAUAGACCACCGGCGGGCACGAAUGUUUCGAUGUCGUCCGGCAAGCGUUCAACAGCGACGCACCAGGCGGAAUAUGGUGGUGCUGGCGGUGGUGGUAGUGGUGGUGCUAGUAGCAGCAUAAACAACAACAACAACGUUACCAUCCCGAACAACAAUCUACUAACCGGUGGCGGUCCUGGGACGGUCCCGCAAAAGCCACCGCCCAGUGUGCAGGAUUUAAGAAUUUUGCAAAAGAAGGUGCACGGCUCCGUCGUGAACCUGGCGCCAAACGAUGGGCCCCCGCUCGGCGCCGGGUACGAUGGGCGCGAUCUCACCGGUGGUCCGCUUGGUCCACCGCCUCCACCGCCCCCGGGUGGAGCGGUGUUAAAUAUUCCACCCCAGUUCCUACCGCCACCGUUGAAUCUGUUGCGUGCGCCCUUCUUCCCCCUCAACCCGGCCCAGCUCCGGUUCCCCGCGGGUCUUCCGAACCUACCGAAUGCACAGCCUCCGCCGGCACCACCACCACCACCACCGAUGGGACCACCGCCGAGCCCACUGGCGGGUGGCCCUCUAGGCGGUCCUGCCGGUAGCCGACCACCCCUCCCGAACCUGCUCGGAUUCGGUGGUGCCGCUCCACCCGUCACGAUUCUCGUCCCGUAUCCCAUCAUCAUACCGCUACCGCUACCCAUUCCCGUACCGAUUCCUGUGAUAGACUUCCUGAAAGCGGCCCUCCCGAAGGGAGAAAGUGAGAAGGCGGACGAGAAACGGGCGGAACAGAAGGACGAACCAUGCGCGACGGACGCAACGGCGGUGAUGCUGGUCGAUAGUGACGAGACGUUGGGUGGUGAGGAGGCGCCGCCGCCGGACCCUCCGCUUGAGGAUGAUUCCGAUGUGCCGCUCGAUUUCACCGUGGGCAGCCAGGGAAAGGAGACGGAGCGAGACGCACCAACGAGCAGUCGAAAUGAGCUGUGGAACGAACUGCCGGUAGAACCUUCCAGCCCGGUGCGCGAGCCAGCGCUGCCAACGUAUGCACUCUCGACGAUUGUGGCGGCUGAAACGGCGGGCGAUCCUGUGCCACCGAUGGGUGAAGAUGAGGCACACCGCGAGCCCGCUGAGUCUGCCAAGCGAUUAUUGCCAAAGUUUAAAAUCACCCGGCUGGAGGCGGGUGGAAAGAUGGUGCUACAGGAGGGUGUUGUGGAGGGCGGCACAAAGGACGAGACGGACAUGGAGCGCGAACGCAAGGAGAUGGUGGAGCGCAGCAGGCCGUUGCGCAAGCGGAAGCGGCUCGUGGUGCAGCAGCAUCUGCACGAGCUGGCGGAAGAGCACGAGCUGGCGGAGCGUACGAACGAUGGGGAUGGGAACACCGGGGAAGCGCAAGAGUACCGGAGCGGUGGCAUUGAGCUGCGGUCGGGUAAUAAAAGUGUAAGCAAGUAAGCAAGAUUGAAUGGGAAAAUCAAUUGUGUAAUGGUGCUGUAAAAGUGGCCGAUGGAGCUCCGCUUAGGAUAUGGUUUGAAGCGUAGCGAUCUAGUAGCUCGUUAGAAGGGGUUAGGAAUGAAAUUCACCCGCUUUCAGGGUAAAGGAGGCGAUGCUAAAAAAGAGCGCAAGGAAAUGCCAAAAGGGGGCAAUAGUUGUAGCAGUUUUCGGCAUUAAAA